GUGCAUACACCCUCCGGCCGACCCCGCCCCCACAUCCGGGCACCCGUCCGCCGCUGGCUGUCAAUCGGAGAGGGUCCCCAGCCCGGCCUGUAGUGGACCACGCCCACUAGGCUAGGUCUCCACCCCUGAGCUUCAUACAUCCGGGCCCCCUGCACUUCCAAGAUUGUCCACACUGCUCGAGGUCGGCCGGUGUUUGUCGAUCCUCAAAUAAUCCUUGACUGGCUCCUUCUAGCAUCGUCCCAGUCACGCCCUGCCCAUAGCCCCGCCUCCGUUCAUUUCCCCGCCCACUCGCUCUAGGCCACGCCUCUGUCGCAUACUGGGGCUCCCACUUACCCUAGUUUAAGAGAGGAGGUGCUUCUCCUAUGUGCAUAAGGAGCUCAGUCCGGGCCAGUGCAGUGACUCAUGACUGUAAUUCCAGUACUUUGGGAGGCUGAGGCAAUAUGGCGAGAUCCCAUCUUUAUAAAAAGAGGAGAAACCUUCAGGGCCCAGCCCGGACAUGCAGGCUACUGCAGAGCCCAGCUCCAGUGAGACCGACAAGGAGGUGUUGUCCCCGGCUGUGCCAGCUGCAGCCACCUCCUCCUCCAUGGUGGAGGAGCCAGGCCCUGAGCAGGCAGCCACACCACUAGUGUGGGAACGUGGAGGGCCUGGAGGGACUCAGCAGGGCUCCUCCCCAGCAACAGACAGCUGCCAGCCUGGGCCGGGACCCAGCCCGGGCCUGACGAGCAUAGUCUCCGGGACCAGCGAGGACCUGCGGCCUCCCAGACGACGCCCACCUUCAGGGAAGCAAAUCCCCUGCUCCAGCCCUGGCUGCUGCCUCAGUUUCCCCAGCAUCCGUGACCUGGCACAGCAUCUGCGAACCCACUGCCCGCCCACACAGUCCCUGGAAGGCAAGCUCUUCCGCUGCUCGGCCCUGAGCUGCACCGAGACCUUCCCUAGCAUGCAGGAGCUGAUGACUCACAGCAAACUGCAUUACAAGCCCAAUCGCUACUUCAAGUGUGAGAACUGCCUCCUGCGCUUCCGCACGCACCGCUCGCUCUUCAAGCACCUGCAUGUUUGCGCAGAGCAUGCGCAGAGUCCAGCCCCGCCGCCACCCCCGGCCUUGGACCGGGAGCCACCCGCGCCCGAGCGCCCCCCAGAGGCCGACCCCGCGUCAGCGCCGGGCCUGCAGUUCCCGCUGCUCGAGCCUUUCACGACCCCUGCCCCUGCCCCCUCCGGGCCCUUCCUGCCUUACUUGAACCCUGCGCCCUUUGGCCUAAGCCCCCCGCGCCUGCGGCCCUUCCUGGCCGCGGCGCCCGGGCCGCCGGCUUCUAGCGCCGCCAUCUGGAAAAAGAGCCAAGGUGCUGGCAGCAGCCCUCGAAGACCCCAGGGCGGCUCCGACGCGCCCUCAGGGCACGCGGCCCCGAGCCGCAUCGUGUGGGAGCACACGCGCGGCCGCUACUCGUGCAUGCAGUGCGCCUUCUCCACGGCCUCGCGGCCCGCCAUGACCCUGCACCUGGAGGACCACCGCCCCGGCACCCCCGCGGCCCCCGCGCCCGGGCCGCCACGCCCCGACGCCCCGGCGGCGGAUCCAGCCCCACUUGCACCCAAGGUGUCGCCGUUGCUGUCAGAGGGGGAGCUUCCAGUGUUCUCGCAGCUCUGAAUCCCAACACUUUGGGGUUGGGCCAUGGGGUGUGGGUAGUUUUGUCGUUAGGAGGGGGCUGCAGGGAAGGGGGGUUGAGGUGGACAAUAAAGAAGGCACCAUGAGCCAGCC